GCAAGAAGCUUGUAAGGAGAGAUUGCGAGACGUAUUUAGCAUAUCGGACACCUUAUCAAGGACACAGGCUGAAAUUGAUUUGUUAUUUUUUUCUGGAUUGAGCUGGGCUUAAACAACCCCUGAUACUUUCCAUUCUGGACGCCACACUCAUCUUCAACUUUGGACCUAAAGAUCACAAGACGCUAUUUAUCUUCUAAGCAGAUUUUGCAAGGGUCCUGCUGGGAUCUUUCCAUCUUCUGCAGUCUGAUGGUAGUUUGUUCUGCUUCUUGUUGGAGAGUUCGGGCAUCAAGACAGUAUGUUGAGGUGUUUGCUACAGAGAGCGACCAACCUGAGAAAUGUAGAGAAGGGGGAAAGGCAUAGCGACCCGCUUGCCAGCAUCACUUUCAGAGGGACAAAAAAGAAGACUAAAGUCAUCAAAAAUAAUGUCAAUCCUGUCUGGAAUGAGGGCUUUGAGUGGGACCUGAAGGGUGUUCCUUUAGAUUCGGGAGCAGAGCUUCAUGUUGUCGUUAAGGACCAUGAGAAAAUGGGCAGGAAUAGGUUUCUGGGGGAGUGUCGAGUUGCUCUUCGAGAUGUGCUCAACUCUCCAAACCUGGCUGCUACUUUCACCGUGUCCCUGGUCGACACCAAGAGGAACAGCACAGGGGCCACAAUAACCCUGCAGGUCUCCUACAUCCCUCCUCCAGGGAUGACGCCCAUCUUUCAGCCUCCUCCACAGCCAGAAGCCCAGCACACACCGGUGGAGCUGGACACAGUCACAGUUUUCUCAUUGGACACUAUGGGCGAGGAUGACACUGAGAGCAUGCUGAUGAUGGAGGUGGUGGAGGAGCCUGAACCUGUUCCAGGACCCCAGGGGCAGGACAUCGGGGCCCCUACAGCACCACCCAAAAAGGCUCCACCGAACUUUAACCAGGGCCUAAAGAAAAAGAAACGCCACAGCAACAAAUCCCCCCUGUCCGACAAAGCCCAGGACCUCCAGGUCCGGCUGCGUAUCAUUGAGGGAAGGCAGCUUCCUGGUGUCAACAUCAAACCAGUCGUCAAGGUCACAGUUGGAGGACAGACAAAGAGAACCCGCAUUAAAAAGGGCAAUAAUCCAUUUUUUGAUGAGAGCUUUUUUCUAAACUUCUUUGAGAAACCUUCAGAUCUUUUUGAUGAGCCAAUAUUUAUAACCGUGUUUGAUUCCAAAUCACUACGGAAAGACUCUGUCAUCGGAGAAUUCAAGCUGGAUGUUGGCAUGGUUUAUAAUGAACACCGACAUGCUAUUCUCAGAAAAUGGUUGUUGCUGGCAGACCCUGAUGAUCUUUCUGCAGGGGCCAGAGGUUAUUUGAAGGUCAGCAUGUUUGUGCUGGCCGCAGGAGAUGAACCUCCAAUGGAUAAGAAAGAGGGUGUGGAGGAAAAGGAGGACAUAGAGGCAAAUCUGUUGAGACCAGCUGGUCUUACCCUGAGAGGAGCCACAUUCACUCUGAGAGUCUACAGAGCCGAAGACCUUCCUCAGAUGGAUGAUGCUCUUAUGGACGAUGUCAAACAUUUCCUUGGUUUUGACACUAAUCGAAAGAACCUGGUGGAUCCAUUGGUGGAGGUCAACUUUGCAGGAAAAACGAUCAGUAGUAAGAUUCUGGAGAAAUGUGCUAACCCUCAGUGGAACCAGUGCCUCACUCUGCCCAUCAGGUUUCCAUCCAUGUGUGAAAGGAUGAGAAUACGUAUUUUAGAUUGGGAUCGUGCUAGUCAUAAUGAUGUCAUUGGCACUGCACACUUAUGUAUGUCUAAAAUCUCAGCCCCAGGAGGAGAUAUUGAAGAUGAGUUUCCUGCCAGGACCCUCCACGGCACUAUUGAUGACAGUAUAGGCUUUCUUCCGACCUUUGGGCCCUGCUUUGUCAACAUGUAUGGGAGUCCUCGAGAGUUCACAGCCUUCUCAGACCCACACGAGGCACUAAACCUGGGAAAGGGAGAGGGUGUGGCCUAUCGGGGACGUGUGCUGUUGGAGCUCAUUACGAAGCUUUCUGAUCAGGUGGACCAAAGGUCUGAAGACAUCAACUCUGAUGACCUGCUCGUGGUAGAGAAAUUUAUGCGGAAGAGGAAGUUUUCCCUGUUUGCUGCGUUCUACUCGGCCACUCUCCUUCAAGAUGUGGACGAUGCCGUUCAGUUUGAAGUCAGUAUUGGUAACUACGGCAACAAAUUCGACAACACCUGUUUGCCUCUGGCAUCCACCACUCAAUUCAGCAGAGCUGUGUUCGACGGCUGUCAUUACUACUACCUACCAUGGGGAAAUGUGAAACCUGUGGUGGUGGUGUCUUCAGAGUGGGAAGACAUCGGCCCUCGCAUAGAGGCUCUAAAUAUGCUGCUCAGCAUAGUUGACCGACUGGAGUCAAACUUGGAGCUGGUACAGCUGGAACUCAAAGCAAGAAGUGACGAUCAGGAAGUCGAGCAGAGGGUUGUCCAGCUGCUUGAUGAUGUCAUAGCAGACUGCAGUGAGGAACUCCCUGAGUUGGAUAAAUGGCCUUGUGUGACUCCACUGGAUAAAGCUCUGAGGAAUCUGCGCAAGAUUAACAUGCAUCAGAUAGUGCAAGCGGCCCUGGCGCUCAAACAUGGACCAGAGACUGAAUUGAGUGCAGUGCUGGAGCAGGCUGAGGACUGGACCCUGAGACUACGCUACCUCGCUGAGGAGCCCCAAAACAGUCUGCCAGAUAUAAUAAUCUGGAUGCUUCAGGGAGACAGACGAGUGGCCUACCACAGAAUCCCUGCCCAUCAAGUUCUCUUUUCCUACGGUUACUGUGGCAAGCACUGUGGCCAACUUCAGACGGUUUUCAUGAAGUGUCCACAGGAAGAUGGGGGAUGUAGUAAAAUCCCAGCUCAGCUCAGAAUCAAGGUGUGGUUCGGUCUGACUGCUGAUGUCAAAUCUUUUAACCAGUUUGCAGAGGGCAAACUCUCUGUGUUUGCAGAAACGUAUGAGAACCAGACUAAACUAGCCCUGGUGGGGAACUGGGGUACGACAGGUCUGACUUACCCCAAGUUCAGUGAUGUGACCGGCAGAAUCAAACUGCCAAAGGAGAGCUUCAAACCUUCUUCAGGCUGGAGCUGGGCAGGAGAAUGGUUCAUCAGCCCAGAGAAAACGAUGCUGUAUGACGCUGAUGCAGGUCAUAUAAGCUUUUUGGAGGAGGUGUUUGAAAAUCAGUUGCGGUUGCCAGGAGGACAGUGGAUUGGCAUGCCGGAGGGGUACACAGAUGUGAAUGGAGAAAAGGCCGUUCCUAAAGAUGAGAUCGAGUGUCCCCCUGGCUGGGUGUGGGAGGAUAUUGAGUGGAGCGAGGAUCUGAAGCGUGCAGUGGAUGAUCAGGGCUGGGAGUAUGGAAUAACCCUCCCCCCGGACCGCCGGCCAAAGUCCUGGGUUCCGUCUGAGAAGAUGUACCACACCAACCGCCGGAGACGCUGGAUCAGACUCCGCCGUAGAGACAUGCAGAAAAUGGAGGCGCUGAGAAAACAGCGGCCAGACGAGUCCGAGCGUGAGGGUUGGGAAUAUGCCUCUUUAUUUGGCUGGAAGUUUCACCUCAAGCAGAAGAAAACCGACUUGUUCCGUCGCCGGCGCUGGAGACGUCGAAUGGAGCCAUUAGAAAAGACGGGGCCGGCGGCCAUCUUUGCCUUGGAGUGUUCGCUGAGCAGCGUUACUGAUGAAAAAAAUGAUGAUAAGUCAGUCACUACGACGUUUGGUGUCAGCCGGCCAACCAUCUCCUGCUUCUUCGAUAGUGGGACCCUGUAUCAUUUGCGUUGUUACUUGUAUCAGGCCAGAGACUUGCUGGCGAUGGACAAGGACAGUUUCUCAGAUGCCUAUGCCGUUGUGUCGUUCCUGCAUCAGAGUCAGAAGACUGUGACUGUUCGAAACACACUCAACCCCACCUGGGACCAGACCCUCAUUUUCUACGAAGUGGAAAUUUUUGGAGACCAUCUUGUGACUGAGAGGAGCCCUCCAAACAUUGUGGUGGAGCUGUACGAUCAGGACACCUAUGGAGCUGAUGAGUUCAUGGGCCGCUGUGUUUGCCAACCAUCAAUGGCAUCUUCCCCUCGCCUCGCCUGGUAUCCCAUCCAAAAAGCUGGGAAUUCUGCAGGAGAACUGCUUGCUGCUUUUGAGCUGAUCCGCAGAGAUAAACCUGCUGCUCAUCACAUCCCGGGUCAAGAGGGAGAUAUUAUACCACCCUCGCAUAUCAUGGAUGAGCUUGUGCUUCCAGGGUUCCUCUCAGAGAAUCAACAGCAAUGGCCAGAGGACUCUGAUUUGCCCUAUCCACCACCACAGAGGGAACCAAACGUCUACAUGGUGCCACAGGGGAUAAAACCUGUCCUACAGCGCACUGCUAUUGAGAUACUGGCAUGGGGUUUGCGUAACCUGAAGAGUUUCCAGCUGGCCAGUGUCACGUCUCCCAGUCUUCAGGUGGAAUGUGGCGGAUCUGUGGUUCAGUCGUGCGUCAUUCGAAAUACUAAGAAGAACCCUAAUUUUGAUGUCAACACCCUGUUCAUUGAUGUCCGAUUGCCUAAGGAAGAGCUCUACAUGCCCCCAUUGGUGAUCAAGGUUAUAGACAACCGGCAGUUUGGCAGGAAGCCUGUGGUGGGCCAGUGUUCAGUCCACUCGCUCAAUGAGUUCUACUUCCAGCCGGAGAGUCUGGAGAGAGACUCAACAGAAGAGGAAUUCGAAGUUAUUGCUCACACACCUAGAGAUGAUGUUCUGGUUGAUAUUGAUGACAAGGAGCCUCUAAUCCCUGGACAGGCAGAUGGCACCAGCUCUGCCAUUAUUAACAUCUCGCCUUCUCAGUCCAGCCUUCAUCAGGAUGAAUUUAUGGACUGGUGGAGCAAGUUUUAUGCCUCCAUGGGUGAGAGGAACAAGUGUGGGAGUUAUCUGGAGAAAGGGUUCGAUAUGCUGCAGGUGUAUGACAGAGAACUGGAGAAGACUGAAGGCUUUGAGCAAUUUGCUGAUUUCUGUCAAACGUUUAAACUUUACCGUGGAAGAACCCAGAAUGACAGCGAAGAUCCUUCUGUUGUUGGAGAGUUUAAGGGUUCGUUUAAGAUCUAUCCAUUGCCUGAUGAUCCCUCGAUGCCUGUACCCACACGUCAGUUUCGCAAACUCCCCCCGAAUGGUAUAGAGGAGUGCCUGGUGCGCAUCUACGUCAUUCAGGCUUUUGGGUUACAGCCCAAAGAUGCCAAUGGCAAGUGUGACCCCUACGUUAAGAUCACGCUUGGCAAGAAAUCAGUCGAUGACCACGACAAUUACAUACCCUGUACUUUGGAGCCCGUCUUUGGAAAGAUGUUUGAGCUGACCUGCUGUCUGCCUCUUGAGAAAGACCUGAAGAUUACGCUGUACGAUUACGACAUGGUGACUAAAGAUGAGAAAAUCGGAGAGACCAUCAUUGAUUUGGAGAACCGCUUCUUGUCUCGUCAUGGUGCUCGCUGCGGCCUUCCGCAGUCCUACUGUCUGUCAGGAAUUAACCAGUGGCGAGAUCAACUUAAACCAUCUCAGCUCCUUCAUCGUCUGUGUGAGAGGCGAAACUACAAACUCCCCGUCUACAAGCAGGAUCGAGUCUACUUCAGAGGACACGAAUACACCGUCGCAGACCUUGAUGAAGGGAAACCUCUUAACCCUCACUUGGGACCAGUGAUGGAGCGUCUGGCUCUAUUGGUGUUGAGGAGGCAUGGUUUGGUGCCUGAACAUGUCGAGACGCGACCCCUCUACAGCCCCCUUCAGCCAGAUAUAGAACAGGGGCGACUACAAAUGUGGGUGGACCUGUUCCCUAAGUCUUUAGGCCCUCCAGGCCCUCCAUUCAACAUCACCCCACGCAAAGCUAAAAAGUUCUUCCUGCGCUGUAUUAUAUGGAACACAAGAGAUGUAAUUUUGGAUGAUGUCAGUGUUACCGGGGAGAAGAUGAGUGACAUUUAUGUGAAAGGCUGGAUGCACGGUCAUGAGGAGAACAAGCAGAAAACAGAUGUGCACUAUCGAUCGCUGGGUGGUGAAGGCAACUUUAACUGGCGCUUCCUCUUCCCCUUCCACUAUUUACCUGCGGAACAACUGUGCACCAUUGAUAAGAAGGAACACUUUUGGAGUCUGGAUAAAGUUGAAACGAAACUUGCUCCAAAACUUACUAUCCAGAUUUGGGACAAUGACAAGUUCUCCUUUGAUGAUUUCCUCGGCUCUUUGGAGAUGGAUCUGAACCACAUGCUGAGUCCAGCAAAGUCUCCAGAGAAGUGUGGUCUUGAGAUGCUCUCUCAGUCCCAGGACAAACUGGUCUCUUUGUUUGAGCAGAAGACGGUGAAAGGCUGGUGGCCGUGUGUCUGUGACAAAGAAGACAAGAAGAUACUUGCAGGAAAGGUGGAGAUGUCUCUGGAAAUAGUCUGUGAACAGGAUCAGGAUGAGAGGCCUGCGGGACUCGGCAGAGAUGAGCCCAACAUGAAUCCCCAUCUAGAGGAGCCUCAGCGUCCCGAGACAUCAUUCUUAUGGUUCUCGUCCCCAUAUAAGACGUUUAGGUUCAUUGUGUGGAGGAGGUUUAAGUGGCUUAUUCUGGGCCUCUUUAUACUCUUUUUCAUUAUUCUCUUCCUUGGAGUAUUUCUCUACGCCUUCCCUAACUAUGCUGCUAUGAAGAUGGUUGGACCCUUCAGUGGACUAGGAAAGGGAACACAGUGAGGCUAUGAAGGAAAAAAAGACAAACUCUCAACUCCAACACCAACCACACCAAAAAAAAUCAUCCACACAUCUACAGUACUGCAGAGAUCUGCCUUGCUCAUGCAUAUGUACAAGCCAAAAGAGAAAUCUGAAGACUGUUUUGAAGUCCUGUGUGCCUUUCUGUGUGCAUUAUAUCCUGUUCUACUCCUCCUACACUAUAUGCAUGAAAGUUGCAUAAUGUCAGUCUGUUUUUGUACAUGUAUUGCAUACAGAGCUCCAUGACCCGGUCCUGAACUCUCGCAUAUUCUACUUACACUUUCAUCUCCCGGCCUGUUUAAUCCUUUUUCAUGUCUCCUUGUAAAACAGACUUCUUUCUUCACAGCCAGAUGCGUCUUUCUUCUUCCUUCACGCAGAGAGAGAGGGAGACAGAACCUCCCAUCCAUUCGUUCGUCUCCUUUUUCAACAGCGCUGGAUCUUUAGGUUAAACCCUGAUUUGUACUGUUAGGCUGUAAGGUCCGAGACAGGCUGGUUAUUAGCUGAAACCCUGCUGUCAACCAGCCCGCCUCUCUGAUUACUAUCACACUUGCUUAUUUUUGCUUUAGCAAAAUCCCCAGUAAAUCGAUUCAGGGUCAACUGUAGGUUGGCAACAUGUUUGAAUCCCUGUGUGUGUGUGUGUGUGUGUGUGUUUGGAAUGUGGGCUGCGAACAAGAGCAAGAGAUAAAAGAGUUGUUUAUUUGUGUGAAUGUUGCGCUCACGCUCCUUUGUGCAUUUUUGUUUUUGACUUUGUAAAGUAUGAGCAGGCGCAUCUGGAAGAGGUUGCCAGACUUCUAAACAUGCCUGUGUAAGAGCUGUUAAAAUACACAAAUUGCUUGUUUUCUCUCUGUGA